AAUCUUCACAUGUUGACAGAUCUGCAUCUGCUGAUAAUAGUGAACUCAGUGUUGAAUCAUUGAUUGAGAACUUGAAGAAUGUGAUAAUGAAGAAAUUGUCUGUAUCAUAUAUAAUCAGAUCUUCUGUGUCUCUCUCUGUUCUCUCUGUUUCUUUCUCUGUCACUUUCUCUCAAUCUUCUACAUCUGUCUCUGUGCCUGGUUCCUCUCUCACUAUCUCUGUUCCUGUGACUCUCACUUCUGCUACUUCUGAUUUUACUGUCUCUGUGUUCAUUAUCAGCUCUUCUCAUUUCAAGGAGAUGUUAUAUAAACUUAAUGAAUCAUGUCUCUCAAGAAUCACUUUCUUUCUCAACAGUAUUGAGAUUAUAAUGCAGGUGAAGAAUAUCUGUGUUUUCAGAAACAGAAACAUGAAUAUUAUACUCUUUUACACUCACAGAUGUGAGGCUCAUACAUCUU